AUGGGCCUACUACGAGUCGGAAAGACCACUGCCCCUUCUUCCGUAUCCGCCGACCAAUUCAAUCCCAGUUCCAGCGAAGAGACCCAAAGCAACCACAUGCAUAAGAAGGAGGCGCUGCUUAUUUGGGGUGCUUCUUCUAUUGUAGGCACAAUGGGUGUGCAAACCGCCCGGUGGCUGCGGGAGGAUCGUGACUCUCCUGUCGCUGCCGUGUACGCCGUGACUGGUGCGGCUAAUCAGAGAUACGUGAGCUCUUUGGGCGCAGAUUGCGUCUUCGAUCACAAAGCUCCACAGGUUGUGGACGCAGUUGUGUCGGCGGCAAAAGAGGGUGGCCUAGUGAUUCGACACUGUAUCCUUGCAACAGGGGAGCUAUCAUUGUGUCAGGCCGUUCUUCAAGCCUUUGUGGAGAGCGGCUGCGGGAAAGAGGGCCAGAAGUCGAAGAUUGGAUCAGCCCCGGUUAUUCCCCAUGAUGCAGAAGAGCAGGAAGGAGUAGAAAUCAUUUUUGUAGAGCCUUCUACCGACGAAAGAGAACGACUAGCUCAGUUUCGAUACUGGAUGGGAACGUGGCUGAAAGAGAAUCUAGCUAAGGGGAUCAUCUGGCCAAGUCCUGAGCCAAAGGUUGUGGGGAGGGGUUUGGGUUCUCUCAACGAGGGAUUAGAUAUGCUGCGUCAAGGAGUGAGCUGCUCCAAGUUAGUUGUUGAGAUUGCAAGAUAA